AUGGUCGACGAGCUGUUACCAGUUUCUAUCAAUGACUGUCCAACACCGAAAGUUAUGCGUCGACGCAUGUACAUCGGAGGAGUGAUAUCCAAACAUCGUUCUAGCUUCAAUCUUCAAGUGCCUGGAUACGACGGUUGCAUAAGAGAUUUCAAAGUGAAUAAUGUAGCGCAAAGCUUAGAAGGUGAAUCAUCUCGUGACAUCAUCCCUUGUGCUCGCCCAACGAAGGGUAUGUACGCCCACGAGGGAGGAUUUGCAGUUUUUGAUGGCCUCCAGAAAGCAAUCAAAGAUGGCUCUCGUAACAUCGAUAUCUCACUGAGUUUCCGACCAAUUGUAGACGAGGGUACAUUACUGGCUAUACUUACCAACAGUAAUCCGGAAAAAGCACGUCUCACCAUUGAGAUAAAGCGGGACAAGGUACUGGUUACUGUCAUUCAUGAAGCUAGCGGACUGGAGAUAAGAGACGCCAUCCCAGCUCUACGCCCCCUUUGUGACGAUGCUUGGCAUACUAUGCAUUUGCUUGUGGGACAGAAGGUCAUGGAAAUCAGGAUUGAUGAGGAACGCAACGAACUUCCAAUUGAUCACAUGUCAGCAGAAGCUCGAGACCUACUGCUCAAUCUUCCUCUGAAUAUCGCAGGGGUUUCAGCUCCCGUUGCGGAAAAACUUUCGAUGACGUCCCUUGUUGGAUGUUACAAAGAUUUGAAGCUCUCAGGUCACCCAAAAUAUUUUGAGAGUGCGCAGAAGAGCAACAAAGCUGCCGUUGAUGCGUGCCCAUUUCACUAA